GCAGAAAAUGACCUCUCAACGGAAGCUGUUGUGGCUGGUAUAGUGAGCACCAGCUGCAGUAACUUUGUCACCUUGGCAGCAGUCCGUGUCAGGUCUGGAAGAAAAAACUGAGGAGCUGCCCAUGUGAUUUGUCCCGUAUAAUUUGUGAACUGUACAAUCCGACAAGAUCCGUCUAACUAAAUCAAAGUACGUGGCAAAUUUUGACAGGCUCUCGUUUGCUGGCGUCAAACUUUUGUGACAUUGUUUUGAUUUUUUUGCAGUCCUCUAAGCGAAGGAAAUUAAAUUCACUAAAGUGGUCAAAUUUGGCUCUCAUCUGAACAUUGAUAUUGUCCAGUAUGUAGUAGUAGAUUCGCCCCCUCUCUACUGAUCGGCUGUUUACUACGAGUUUCGCUUUCUGCCAGGCCCAGGUCAUUGCAUUUCUGCUUGAAUCGCUCAUAGAAACUGUCAAAGUCUUGUCGCUGACGUUCCAGUGCUUUCAUUGUGUCGCUGUUAUGGGUACGGCAGAAACCAAUAUCCAUCUUUUUGUUCUGCAGAACACGGAAGAGCGCGCCAGAUUCAUCGAAAAUUCCAUCGGCCAUGAGCAAAAAGCAAACACGGUGGCGGUCUCUAAAUGGGUUGCUAACUGUUCAUUUUUUUUCAGUAAAGUGUUAAGGCAUGUAAUAGUUCCACAUAGUUGCCCCUGGGCAUGUUUGAUGAGCUGGCACUCUCAUCGUUGCCACGAAAUGCCAACUCCUGUUUAGGUAGCAUGUAGCAUUAAUUAGCUAGGUCUUUCAAAAUCUCACGGUUCUCUUUUUCCUUUGCAUUGUGCAUGCUGAUGUUCAAUCUCUUGUUGUUCAUUCAAUGCCAGAUCUAUCCGUGAGCUACCAAAUCUCUUAAGAGCUACCUGGCUUUGGAUGUGAGACACAUAUUUCUCAUGCUUGUUGAGUGCUAUAGGCAAGUUGUUAAAGUCACAGUAACCGGCUCUUGUCCACACGCUGUUGCUGGUGGAGACCAGCAGGCAGGGGAAGCAGUAGAGUUGGCUGCUAGCAGCGUAGCCACAGAGCCAGUUUUUCCGUUGAUACCACUCAGAUUGAAAUGAUUGUGUUAUUUUCUGUCCCUUCUUUUGAUGUAGGUCCCUAAGCUCAUGUGUUGGUCUUCCAUCCCGUAUCACCCCCUGUUUCGCUAGAAAAUCCAACAUUGAAAGCUGUUUCAGAUGCACUAUGUUAGCCAUCCUGAUCAGCUUAUCUUUGCUAGCAGUAAAACGAAUAUAACCGCAAAAUGAGGCAGAUGACGUCCAUCGGGAGGAGCCUAUCUUUCUGCCUAUCCAUUACUUUUUUCAUGCCAAUACACAUGCACAUUUAUUAUGCGUGCAAUGAAAAUGAAUGGGAGAUAGGAAGGAUAGCCAGGGAGGAUAGAACAUUCCAAAAACAAUUGAUAGAGACCAAGUUUUUGUACAUUUUGACCGCAAGGAAAUAUAAUUUCAAGUGCCUCGGUGAUGAUCGAAUGCGGCACGUGGGGGAAAUGGGUUUGACACUCCUGCUCUACGGUGUCUCUUGCUUUCUCCCUGUAGUUCUGUCUAUCAUGUUGUCCCCCUUUCUCGCUACUAACUCCUACCUUAUAAUAAUCAAACACAUACUCUUUCUCUCUUCUGUGUUCCUCGCUUCCAGUUGGGACGACAGCAGCUCGGUGAGCAGUGGGAUCAGUGACACCAUCGACACAGAUUACAUCAACACCAGCUCCUCAAUCAGCUCCUAUGUCAACACUCCGUCCAUCUCCUGCAAGGACCUAGAGGAACAGGUAGGUUCUGCCCCAAUCACACUGUAGGGUUGUGGCAACCAUAGAAUUCUAAUUACUAGAAAGGUGAAUGAACAUUCAAUUUCUAGGGUGGCAGAAUCUUUGGCUUUGAAACAUGUUGAUUUCCCUUUAAGAGACUCUGAAUAUAUAAAUUACAUGAUGUCUACAGCCAGACAUUACCGUAGCUGAUAUUCUUAUUAGACUAAUGUAGGAGCGCUUAGGCUCUCCCAUGUAAUAUACCAGGGACUUACAGGGAAUCUACGUUUAUAUACUUUGAUUCAGACCUGGGCCCCAAUCAUUUGAAUGGGUAUAGUAAGCUGAACGUAACGGCAUACACUAGGCUGCAUCUCAACUUUCUCACUGCAGUUAUAGAGGUUGUGGAAAAAAUAAGCAGAGUGAAAUAUACAUCUGUGUCUGUUCUGCAGUAUAUGCUGAUGUGGUUGCUUCAAAGUGUUUAUUGAAAUUGCAGCCAGGCACACCACCACCCAGUUCACAGUUCAUCUUAUCCUGACAAUCCAAUCAGUAGGUAUUUAUUCUUAAGUGCAUAUAUUCACCUUUUAGACCAUUGAUCUGAGGUGCAGACUUUGUUUGCCAUAUAGUAAGUGUCUCAAUCUAGGUUCUAGAGACUUCUGAUGCAUUUCCUUUAGGUCAGGGUUCGAAUUUGGCCCGCGGAUGGUUUUAUUUGGCCCCCCAAGUUUUCUGAGAAAAAAAAAACUGUAAAAACACCUGGAGACCUGCUCCAAGUGAUUUACAUUUUAGAAAUCUGGCCCUGAGAAUAGCAACAUUUUCUGUCAGACCUCCACUCCUCUAACUAAAGGUAUCCUCAGUGUGAACCAACAGGGAGGCCCUGGUCUGGAGCUGUCUGUCAUCAUACAGAAGGCAGCUUGCAUGAGACCCAGACAUCCCAACUAUUUCUUAACUCCUGGCCUCCACACAAACUUCCUUAGAAUGGUGUCUUGGUUAGGGCCCAUAAGGGUUGUUGACAGGCAGGAUGUGGUGUGGUGGGAAACUCUCUUACCCAGCAGCCCCCCAGGUCCUGGGAGACACGCUGCUGAACACUAAUUAAAACUACACGGAACAAAAAUACAAACGCAACAUUUAAAGUGUUGGUCCCGUGUUUCAUGAGCUGAAAUAAAAUAUCCCAGAAAUGUCCCACAUGCACAAAAAACCCUGGAAUGAGUAGGUGUGUCCACAUUUUUGACUGGUACUGUAUAUAAUAUAUAUAUAUAUAUAUAUAUAUAUAUAUAUAUAUAUAUAUAUUUCUUUAAUAUAUAUUUUUUCCUUUAUUAUGUUCCCCUAACCGUACCACCCCUACCCUAAUUGGAGUAAACUAAUGGACAACAACACUUAGGCUUCUACUUCCAGCUUAUACAUACUAUAUACAUUUUACAGACACAGUAUAUUUUACAAUAGUUAUCUUUUGUUUGUUUUUAGUCCCAUCCUUCAGCUCCACGCAACCCCUCCCAUCUAUCUCUGAAUUCCAUCCAGUUUUGAUUUCUAUUUGCCAUAUAUGUUUCAACUGUGCUGUGAUGUUUCACAAAAGUUCUGAACCGUUCUACUCUCAUAGAUUCUACAUAUUGUAAAUUAAAGAUAAACAUUUUUGCUGAGAGUUUUAUUAUAUUAUUGAUCGAUUGACUAUGACUUUUUAAAUCACCCAGCAGUGCUCUUUGCAGAGUUAGCUCCAGGUAAAUGUUGCAAUUCUUUAGCCAUUCCUGAACCUACGACCAAAAACAAGCUAUAUAUGGACAUUACCAAAACAAAUGAUCUAAUAAUUCUGUCUCUUCGCAGCAAAAUCUGCAGAGCUGGGAUGGUUGUAUCCCCCAUAUAUAUAUAUAUAUAUAUCAUUCUAUUGGUUGCAAGAAUUUUGUAUAAUAAUUUAAAUUGGAAAACUCAAUCCAGUGUAGUUUUGUGUAUCAGUUCAUAAACUAUGUGCCAUGGAAUCGGUACAUCGAAAAUCUCUUCCCAACUAUUUUGCAAUCUAUAUGGCACAGCUGUAAAUUUUUUGGUCCUUAGAUGAAACUGGUAUACUUUUUAAUUAAUCACAAUUUUAUUGAACCAAUUUGGUCUUUAAUGCAGGGCCGACAGACAAGUUCCUUACUUUCUCCCCCUUCCACUUGCCUCUUCCAUUUUUGCAGUAAUGCUGCAAUUAGUUGGUUGUAAUUUUGAGUAGAGCAGACAUUUCCAUAUAUUUUUGUUAGCUGCAUGUGUGACAUAAGUCCACCAGUCCUAUUUAUGAUAUAAUUUACAAAGAUUAUACCGUUUUUAAACAUUUUAAAAAUAUAUAUUGUUUUUUUUUAUCAAUUAGUCUAUUUGAGUUUAACCAUAAUAUUUGUUGUAAUAUUUGUUCUGUCUUUUCUGGUGGAUUCAACUGAAAUUGCAACCAACUUUCUAUGGCUGGUUUUAAAAAUAGCGAUAUUUUGGAGAUUAUUUAAUUUUCAAAUAACCGAAAGUGAUUGGUUGUAAUCUGAAUAAAGGGGAAAAUGCCAACAUGUGGUGAGACAUUCUUACUAAUCUAGAGAACCAGUUCGGAUUUAAGUAUAACUUUUGUAUGACUGAAGCCUUUAGUGAGAGGUCUAAUGCUUUCAUAUUUAAUAAUUUCUGCCCUCUGAAUUCAUAUUCAUUAUAUAAAUAGGCCCGAUUAAUUUUGUCUGUCUUGCCGUUCCAAAUAAAAUUGAAUAUUUUUUGCUCAUAUAAUUUAAACAUCAAGUCGCUAGGUGUAGGCAAGGCCAUAAGCAAAUAAGUAAACUGGGAUAUGACUUAAGAGUUAAUCAGGGUGAUUUUUCCACAAAUAGACAGAUAUUUUCCUUUCCACCGUAGCAAGAUCUUAUCUGUUUUGCUAACUUUCUGUUAAAAUGUAUUGUAGUGAUAUCAUUUCUUUCUUUCGGGAUAUGAAUACCGAGUAUGUCCACUUCACCAUCAGACCAUUUCAUUGGUAAACUACACGGUAAUGUAAAAGUUGUAUUUUUUAGUGAUCCAAUACGUAAUAUAGUACAUUUAUCAUAAUUAGGUUGUAAUCCAGAGAGGUUAGAAAAAGUAUCUAGAUCCUCUAUUAGGCUGUGGAGGGAUCCACAUUGUGGAUUUAAAAGAAAGCAUGAAAUCGUCAGCAUACAAUGACACCUUUGUUUUUAAGCCCUGGAUUUCUAGGCCCUUGAUAUUAUUGUUGGAUGUGAUUUUAAUAGCUAACAUUUCGAUGGCCAUAAUAAAUAGAUAUGAUGAUAGUGGACAACCUUGUUUUAACCCUCUUGACAGUUUAAUACUUUCUAAGAAGUAUCCAUUAUUUACUAUUUUACACCAAGGUUACUAUGCAUAACUUUAACCCAUUGUAUAAGAGAUUCUCCACAAUUGAAAUAUUCCAGGCAUUUACAGUGCCUUCGGAAAGUAUUCAGAUCCCUUGACUUUUUCCACAUUUUGUUACGUUACAGCCUUAUUCUAAAAUUGAUUACAUUCUUUUUUUCCCUCAUCAAUCUGAACACAAUACCCCAUAAUGACAAAGCAAAACCAGGUUUUUCAAAUUUUUUUGGCUAAUUUGUUACAAAUAAAACACUGAAAUAUCACAUUUACAUAAGUACUCAGACCCUUUACUCAGUACUUUGUUGAAGCACCUUUGGCAUCGAUUACAGCCAUGAGUCUUGAGUAUGAUGAUACAAGCUUGGCACAUCUGUAUUUGGGGAGUUUCUCCCAUUAUUCUCUGCAGAGGCUCUCAAAUCUCUGUCAGGUUGGAUGGGGAGCGUUGCUGCACAGCUAUUUUCAGUUCUCUCCAGAGAUGUUCGAUCGGGUUCAAGUCCGGGCUCUGGCUGGGCCACUCAAGGACAUUCGGAGACUUGUCCCAAAGCCACUCCUGCGUUGUCUUGGCAGUGUGCUUAGGGUCGUUGCACUGUUUGAAGGUGAACCUACGUCCUAGUCUGAGGUCCUCAGCUCUCUAUAUCAGGUUUUCAUCAAGGAUCUCUCUGUACUUUGUUCCAUUCAUCUUUGCCUCAAUCCUGACUAGUCUCCCAGUCCUUGUCGCUGAAAACAUCCCCACAGCAUGAUGCUGCCACCACCAUGCUUCACCGUAGGGAUGGUGCCAGGUUUCCUCCAGAUGUGACGCUUGACAUUCAGGCCAAAGACUUCAAUCUUGGUUUCAUCAGACCAGAUCAUCUUGUUUCAUGAUGUGAGAGUCUUUAGGUGACUUUUGACUAACUCCAAGCGGGCUGUCAUGUGCCUUUUACUGAAGAGUGGCUCCCAUCUGGCCACUCUACCAUAAAGGCCUGAUUGGUGGAGUGCUGCAGAGAUGGUUCUCCCAUCUCCACCGAGGAACUCUAGAGCUCUGUCAGAGUGACCAUUGAGUUCUUGGUCACCUCCCUGACCAAGGCCCUUCUCCAUCGAUUGCUCAGUUUGGCCGGACGGCCAGCUCUAGGAAGAGUCUUGGUGGUUCCAAACUUCUUUCAUUUAAGUAUGAUGGAGGCCACUGUGUUCUUGGGGUCCUUCAAUGCUGCAGAAAUAUUUUCGUGCCCUUCCCCAGGUCUGUGCCUCGACACAAUCCUGUCUCGGAGCUCUACGGACAAUUCCUUCGACCUCAUGGUUUUUUGGUUUUAGCUUUGACAUGCACUGUCAACUGUGGGACCUUAUAUAGACAGCUGUGUGCCUUUCCAAAUCAUGUCCAAUCAAUUGAAUUUACCACAGGUGGACUCCAAUCAAGUUGUAGAAACAUCUCAAGGAUGAUCAAUGGAAACAGGAUGCACUUAGGCUCAAUUUCGAGUCUCAUAGCAAAGGGUCUGAAUACUUAUGUAAAUAAGGUAUUUCUGUUUUUUAUAUUUAAUACGUUUGCAAACAUUUCUAAAAACUUGUUUUCGCUUUGUCAUUAUCGGGUAUUUUGUGUAGAUUGCUGAGGAAUUUAUUUUAUUUAAUCAAUUUUAGAAUAAGGCUGUAAUGUAACAAAAUGUGGAAAAAGUCAAGGGGUCUGAAUACUUUCCGAAGGCACUGUAUAUAUAAAUUCCAGUCGUACUUUAUCAAAAGCCUUUUCAAAGUCUGCUAUGAAUACCAGGCCUGGUUUCCCAGAUUUUUCUUAGUGUUAUAUUGUUUCCAGUACUUGUCUUAUAUUAUCUCCAAUGUAUCGUCCAUGUAAAAAACCUGUCUGAUUAGGAUUAAUAAUAUCCGACAAUACCUUUUUAGUUCUAUGCCCUAUGCAUUUUGCUAGAAUUUCUGCAUCACACCACUGAAGUGUAAGGGGCCUCCAAUUUUUUCAAUGGACUGGAUCUUUAUAUUUACCACUUGGGUCCUGUUUCAGUAAUAAUGAAAUAAGACCUUCUUGUUGAGUAUCUGAUAAUCUACAAUUUUUAUAGGAGUGGUUAAAACAUGCUAAUAACUGUCAUCUGAGUACAUCAAAAAAGGUUUGGUACACCUCAACUGGUAUGCCAUCCAGUCCUGGAGUUUUCCCGGACUUAAAGGCUUUAAUUGCAUCAAGAAAUUCCUCCUCUGUAAUUUGGCCUUCACAUGAGUAUUUCUGUACAGCUGUUAAUUUUACAUUAUUAAUAGGGAAAAAUUCCUUACAAUUAACUUUGGGUAGUGGAGAUGGAAGCGACUGAAACGAAAACAUAUGCUUAAAGUACUUUGCUUCCUCUUUCAAAAUAUCAUUUGGUGAAUCAUGUUUUUUUUAAAGAUAUCUAUGACCAACUGAUUCAUAUCUGUAUUCCCAGCCAUGUGAAAUCCAUAGAUUAGGGCCUAAUGAAUUUAUUUCUUAUAUGAACUGUAACUCAGUUAAAUCUUUGAAAUUGUUGCAUGUUGCGUUUAUAUUUUUGUCAUUUCAUCGUGGAUAAUUGGGUAAUAUUUGGUUGAGACGUUGAUCUGUGAGAUUACAACCUAUAUUCACAGACUCAAAAAGACAGCCACAAGUUAGUUACAUUUCUAAUGUCUUAUCACUAUGCUUACAACCAUCUAAAAACAACCAAAUUCCAAUGAAAAAACAAUGUCUAUUUUUUGGUUUAGUUGUCACCCAAAUGUCUAUCACUGCGCUUUCAACCAUUUAAAACCAUGGCAAAGUUCAAAUGGGAAUACAAUGUCAGAUAUUUUGUUUAGUUAUACAAUAUAUUGAUGUGUUAUUACUAUGAUUUUCUCUGUUAGCACAACCAAAUGACCUGGAUUGCAGUUGAGAUUACAUUAAAAGCAGAGCCGGCGACCAGAAGGAAUCAGUUGGAUGGGCAUUUGAUUUACAUAGGGGGGCAAGUUUUCACGUGCACUAUUUAUUUUAAUGGGUUUUAUAGUAAAGACAUGUCAUUUAACCUUUUUUUAGGUGAGGGAGCGCCACAUUAAUUUUUUUAAUUAGGUCAUAAUUUCUCAAUCAAGUUUGUACCGACAGAUGUAGCCUAUUGACUAUCAUUGUAGAAUAGGCCUAGAUAGCAUAGAAUGUAUCCUCCAAUUGUAACGUCUGUCUAUGCCCACACAUAUUGUCUCAAGAACAUUUUCUAUUUUUAAUACCCUCAGAGACCAAGUUAGGCAUACCUUCUUUCAACAUAGGCCAUCAUCUCUGUCAAUUGUGAAUGAUAAAUCUUCACGUUUUAUCGUGUAAAAUGUCUAAACUGCAUGCCAGUUUUUUUUUAUCUCAAUCAGUUUCAUGGGAAUAUGCGUUUAGAUCUUCUUGAAUUACUGUUUCGUGAGCGAAUUAAAGCAGAUGGUGUCAACAAACUAUUAGUCUUUCUUGUAUGCAUAUUUUGUUUCAAUCAAAGUAUACUGUAUAUCCUGCCUAGUGGCGUAAGCUGUUGAGUUUUGGCCGCAUGACCUUUUUUUUUUUACUUCAGCUUCAGAUAAGAAAUGACUGAGGAGGUGUUUUUGGUGUAACAUAUUUUAUAGGCCUACUACUAUGCUAUUAUAUUCUGUUAUGUUAUGUAAAAUACUAAUGAAUCAUUAUGUGAUUUUGCGAGGCAAUGAUUCAGCUUUGAUCUAACUUUACUAAACGAGCACCAUUGUGAGAAGUGAUAGUCUUUUAUUUGUAAUAAUAAUUAUAAUCAUAUGUGAUGAGUAGGACUAUUAGGUGUAGGCAACAGAACUUGAUAAGGGUUAUUUUAAGCAAUUUGAGCGCCCUUUGAAACAUGGGGCUGAAAGGACAGCUCCCUAACCAAGUUGGUUACAUAUCGUUCUGGGUUCCACUGCUUAAGAGGGGGACCCAGAACCGGUGCCCCCGCACAUUGACUCGGUACUGGUACCCCCUGUAUAUAGCCUCGCUAUUGUUAUUUUUACUGCUGCUCUUUAAUUAUUUGUUACUUUUAUUUCGUAUUUUUUUAUAUUGUAUUUUUUUGUGAUUUCUUUUUUUGUAUUCUUUCUUAAAACUGCAUUGUUGGUUAAGGGCUUGUAAGUAACCAUUUCACUGUAAGGUCUACACCUGUUGUAUUCGGCGCAUGUGACAAAUACAAUUUGAUUUGAUUUGACCGUGGAGUUUUAUGAACAUCAAGGCAGACGCGCAGUGAAUUUGGAUGCUAGAUCUCAUUGGUGUGAUGCUAAGGUUCAUGCGGUGGAUCAGUUUGCCUGCAUAUGCAAUAGAGGUAGGACUUUUCUGUAAGCUUAGCACUCGGACAGUAGGGCGAGUUCAAGUGCGUCGUACAUGAGCCCCAAGUCCAUAACAAACUGUUUUGAGGACAGCUGUUUUAGCAAGCCCUGGUAGAGUUUUUAUGUCUGUGGCUGUUCUUGUUACAUUGGAUUUGGCCCACUCGAAGUGGUCAACCCUCUGACCGACGGGCCUCUGCACACACAUCUACAGUUAUUCAUCAUCUGCGCCACUGCCAGAGAGAGAGAGAAGGCUGGGAAGAAAGCACCAUUUACCUACCCAUAGGCUGCUACAGCUUACAUAUUUAUUUAGUUUGUCAUUCUAUCGUUUUCAUAACAUUUUAGUAGCAAUUAAAUCAUUAUAAAAGAACAGACACUAAUGUACUGUUAAACCAAAGGUUAUUUGGAAUUUACGGUAACAUAUGUACCUUUUUUUACAGUAACGUACAGAUAACUGGCUGCAGCAAGGUUAUUUCCAGUCAUAAAAAGGGACUGGGUAAACGAGAGGAGAGACUGCUGCUUUGUCACCCGUUUAGUUUUCACGUUUUCUACCAUUUAAGGUUUUCACUGCAUCCUCCCGUGCCAACGAGUGAUUUAAACAUCAACAGAUUAAUGAAGUCCGGCCCCAAAACCAGCUCUUCGAGCCAACAAUCAAUCACAAAGUCCCCUCUGAUUCUCUCUGUAACUAUUGCCUUGUAUAGAAUUGCUUUGUGUUGCAUUUUUCUGCUGCACUGUAGAAUAUAGUUUGGAUUUAUUAUUGGAGGUAUAGGCCUAGAGAUAAGUGUUUCAGAUUCAGGCUGAUAAAGAACAAGGCCAUUAAAAUGAUUUCCCUGGCAAUCCAUUUGUAUUAGUAUUUUCAGUAGCUAUUUAAACAAUGACCUGUUAUAACCAGGGCUUAAGUAAGCUUGGCGAGCGCUGGGAAAACACACUAUACCGCUCCAACACAUUGUUUAUUUGUAGGGCCAAUGUAAUGGUCCUGUUUGCCUGCCUCACUCUCCAGUCUCCACUUAUCCGAUUUUUUUAUUUCAAGGCGGUAAUGUUGAUUCGUGAAGCAUGAAAGAGCCAUCUUUGCUGAUUUCCUGUGGUAAUCACUCCAGGUCUUGUCAGGAUUUGUAGGCCUCCAUUGUAGUCCACUACUUACUCUCAUGAUUGUGGUUUUGUCCAUUAGGCACCAAAAGGAAGCAAAUGGACUGAAACAGGGAGUGACUACCUGGACUUGUCCAAUAAGAGCACUCAUUUACGUUUUCUGUUGCAACGCGUUUUAAAACAUUUUCGGUUUCAUGCCUUAAUGAACCUGAUCCAUGUUUCUGGAGUGAUUCAGCCACAUGCCUCAGAUGAAAAGCCAGACGUGUUGCCUGGGUGGCAGAGACAGCAACCAGUGUUAAUGUUUAACCACAGUGUGAAUGCCUCACUUCUAAGAUGAGAGCAGAAUGCAAAAAAAAAAAGAAAAAUCGUCAUCAAUAUCAAGGACCUGAAUAGUAAUAUUUUCCCUUGGUGGUUGCAACUGCUCAAAUAACAGAGAUAAUAUUUGUAUAAAGGGGUGACUAAACAUAGCAACGGUCAUCGAAAUUGUUAAAAGGUUUUAAAGACAAUUCUAAUACAUGCAACAGUUGGACAAUGGAUGAACUUUUUGAAUUUUUACAAUCCAAUAGAUAUUGACUUAAUUAUAGCACAUAAAACAUUUUACUGGCACAGACUAAUGAAUGGAGUUCAGGGGUUUCUGUGGGAAUUCAGUUAUUCAAUUUAUUGUCAAAUUGCACCUUUUUCUUCUUAGAACGCACUCAUAUAUACAUUUUGUUAUUGUAUCAGGUAUUUCUUUUAAAUAUUUUGUGUUAAAAUAAAGGAAUUAAUAUAAUGUAUACCUCAUUUUCAUAAAUACACCUGCUAUAUUUGCAUCUAUAAAUUAAUUAACAUAAAGGGAUGGAACAGGGCUGCAACCACCAAACACUUGCUCUAUUGUUGUCACGUUCUCUCGCAUAAUUCAACAAGUGUGUCAAUAGCAGGAUACCCUCAGAUUAAAAAUCAACACGCUUGGCUCUAGAUUACACCUAUCUAAACAUACUUUACAUUGUUUGCGAGAUCAGACAUAAUAUCACUAUAAUCAUGUGUUCAUUUUUGGAAGUUGAUUUCAUUUCAGUGCAUCUAAUUUGUAAACAUUUCAACUGUAUUAACUUAUUUUAAAAAAUCAAUUCCACAAAAAUUAACACCCAUCAAAAUAAAGUGUCGUAAGUGUUAGCGUUCUUAUAGAUUCAACGAUAAGACAAUGUAUUCCACUGACCACAUUUCACCCAUUACCGGGGUGUGUUUGACAGGUCAUUACAAACAUUUCCGCGCUCGUAACGUGAACGGGAAAAAAACGUCAGGCACAAGCAAGAGUAUGAAAGAGUCACAGGAGUAAAAUGAAAGCAAUCAAUCCAGCGAGAUUUAAAUGACAAGUGGAUUUUGCACCCCUCAAACACAGGAAAUAGAUAACUGAAAAAGACAGAUCCUCAGGUGGGCGGGGAAUGCGCAUUGCUACUAAGUAAGCAUCCUGGUCUUGACUGUGUUUUUAAUGAGUGCUGUUUGCUGAUGAGAAUGGUAAAGCAGGCACAGUAAUAGGUGCAUGUGGAGUUGUUUAACUGGAACGAUGGCAUAAGGGUGAGCUUAUUAGGGGAGAUACUAUAGUUGAUCAUUGCUUUUCUUUCUGCUUGCUCUCCUUGUGAGAUGAUUCACAUGUUAUUACACUGAUAUAGUAUGUAUAGGAUCUACACCACUUGAAUAAACAGAAGGAACAGAUGUUUGAUAUUUGGUUUCCCUCAGCUCCAGACGGACGCGGAGAAGCACUCAGCCGUCGAGCAGAACUCUGUGUGGUCCGGCAGCGACGAGGUCAAGAGGUCAGACGGGGGCUCGGACAGCGGGUUCAAAAUGGAGUCGGGCUCCAAGUGGUGCCACCACCCCUCAGACAUGUCGGACGAGUCUGACAGGAGCUCCUCGGGCCGCAAAACGCCUUCCAUGGCUCACACUGGCUCCUGGAGGCGGGGCAUGAGCACCCAGGUGGGCAUGACCUCGCCCAGGACCAAGGCACCUGUCACGCCAGUCUGUGGCACGCUGAAGACCCAUGGGACAGGUACUUUACAUGCAGAGUAGAGCCAUGUUGUGUCUUGUCUGGAGUCCAACAGCCACAGUGUCUAUGUAUUGUUCUCUAUCAGUCUGAACUGCUUGGGUUCCUGUAGCAUGUGAUAAGGCAGCCAGCAGUCAACCACAGAGAGGUUUUAUCUGGUGAGAUCAGGGCUCAGGUUGCCAGGUGAUAAAACCACUCUCCGGGGAGGCGUUUGAAGAUUUGGUGAUCUCUUACCUUUUAUAUUGAAAUGGUAGAUAGAGAGGCCUUUGAGUUGAAACAUGUUGGAACUCAGCAGGAUGUCUGAUGCUACUGUACUGUUGAGUGAAUGUGCUUGGUCCAUGGUUGACAGACUGUGUCAUGUCUCCACCCACAGGUAAAACGGAUGACGCCAAGGUGUCUGAGAAGGGCCAGCAUUAUCUCUCGCCCCGGGCCAACAGCAGCAUGCAGCGCUCCCCAUCAGACACGGGCCGCAGCAGUGGAGACGAGGCCAAGAAGCCCCCCUCCUCCUCCAGCCGCACCCCCACCACCAACACGUUUGGCUUCAAGAAGCAUGCUGGAGGAGGUAUGACCAUGGUGACAGCCAGCGGAGUCACCAUCACCAGUGGCUCCGCCACCCUGGGGAAGAUCCCCAAGUCAGUGCAGCUCCACGGGGGUCGAGGCCUUGGUCGCCAGGCCAGUGUGGAUGAUGGCUACCUGCCUGUGAGCUCCCACUCCACCCUGCAGUACCGCAGCCUCCCCCGGCCCAGCAGAGCCUCUGGUGGGGGCCGCAGCACCAGCAUCGACUCCAACCUCAGCUCCAGGUCCAACACGCACCACGGCCCCAAAAGCCGCAGCCAAGUCCCCAAGCCCAGCGCCGGUGGCAUCCCCCUACCUGGCUCGGGAUCCAACCAGACAGACAAGGAGAAGGGGGUGUCCUCUGAAGCCAGUCCCAUGGCCCAGGGCUCAGCAACUCUGCCCCCUCAGGGAGCCAGGCAGCCAGGGGGAAAGUACCCAGACAUCUCCUCCCCUACCCUGCGCAGGUGAGCCCACCACCUCCAUACUACAGUCUACUUACAGUACACCAACCACCAGCCAUCAGGGGCUGUCUUACACUAACAGUCGAUGAGUCUGAUAGCUCCUUCCUCCAGCCCUGAAAGCACUACCACACCAGCCUGCUUGUUUCAAGGGGUGAUGUAUUCAGGCACAGUGCAAACGGAUUUGAGUUGGUAUACUCAUCAUAUCAGUAUUAUAAAUUAGUAACAUGAAAGAACAUUUAGAGAGCCCUUAUCAGGGUUUCAUUACGUUUUUUGCCCAUGACUUGUGUGAGUGACAUAAAAGGCUUGGUUUAUCACUAGGCAUAGGGCCUCUCUUCCCUUGUGGCCUGUAAAAUAAUGUCCUAUCAGUGGUCAUUAAAAGCAGGGUGACAGAGCCCAGACAUGACCAGUGUUUUCUCUAGCUCGAACCCAGUACUGGGCUGCCUGGUGUUGCUUUAACUGCUGCUGCUUGGACUUAUCUGACUAAUCGCCUGAUGAGGUAAUGAGAAAAUAGAGCAGGUGUUUUCCCUCAGUGGUCUGAGUCUCCCUUCUCAUUUAACCCUUGUUUAUUUCAUGUUGUCAAAACGAAUACGGUGUCUGUGGCACACGCUUUACAUCCUUCUUUAAUUCAUGUAAAUGACAUGUUGAUAAAAAGCCACGGUAGAAGAUGUAUGAUAGCUGCUCACACGGAUGCCCAAACCGGACCAGCGAAUUAGAGAGAGAGAUUUAUUUGUCUUGUGAUUAUACCAUGAAGUAGGCAUUGUGUUCCCGUGGCAACGUUAUGAUAUGUAUAUGUUUCGCUUCUCUUUGCAUUAAACAGUUUUUUCAUCACAAAUUCCUUCAACAAUUCCCUACUUAAACCCAUGUACCGCAUAAUUCUCCUGUCACUCUUCUCCACUCCUCUCUCCGGUGCCAUCCAGACUGUUCGGAGGCAAGCAGCCUAAGCAGCAGGCCCCAGUCACCACCGCAGAGAAUAUGAAGAACUCCACCGUCAUCUCCAACCCCCACGCCAACUCUGGCCAGCAAGUCGGCGCUCUGGACUCCCCUUCGGCCAGUAGUGGGGGCAGUAGCCCUCUGUAUGGGGGUGGAGGUCGCCUGGGUGUGGAGGCCCACUCCCUCUCCCCCCUGGCCUCCAGCCCCGGCUCAGCCCUGUCCACCCCUUCCCACAGCCUGGCCUGGAGCAGCACUCUGAGCCCCGGCUUCCCCUCCCUCAGCAGCCUUGCCACCAGCAGCGAGUCCAUCGACGUGUCCCUGGGCAGCGGUGGCCACGGACACCACGGCCAUGGUCAUGACACACUGCCAGCCUGCGUCAGGAACAAUGGCAUCAAAACGGGAUUCUCAGAAAGGUAGGAGCUGUUUUUUUUUUUUUAGGAACGGCCAGGUGUGGCUAUGUGUUUUAAUAUCUACUACAAGCUCCCCUCCCUUUUCCUCCCUUUGUAUCUCGACCUUUAAACUGUUGUGUGCAUGAGGUUAACAGAAGUGUUUGAGUGGCCGUAUUGAUGAUAUAGGAGAUGAUAGGAGACUGACUCCAAGCAGGUGUUGGUGGGAUGAAAGCAUGGAUUCUAUCAUGACUGAUGAUCUCUCUGUUUCCCCCUUCUCUUGGUGCUGCUCCUCUCUCUGUUUUGUCUACCCCUACCUCCUAACCCCCCUUCUCCCUACCCCCUAGUCUUAGCCCCCUCUCCUCUCCCUCGGCUAGUCCCAAAUUCAGCCGAAACACUUUACCCCGGAAGCAGGAGAGGUAAAUGUGUCUAUAUGGAGUUAGGCUUGCUUGAUAUUGAAACAGCUGCCUGUGUGUAGUGUACUGUGUUGUGAAGUGAAGUGACCGUUGGAUGUUUUCACAGCAUGCAUAGUGCCAUCUGCUGGCUAAACUAGGAAGGGCAGGGCUGUAGUCUGAAGCCUAAUCUUGAGAUGUACAUCAAAUCAUAUAGUACACCACAGCUAUGAUGCUUCUAUAGAUAAGAGAUCAGUUAUCUGAAGCUGUGUCCUGUCUCUAUAUGUUCAGAAUGGCCACACACCUACCUGCACCAACACAGGAAUUGCCCCAGUGAUUAGAUAUAUAUUACACCUGUUUUUUUUACUUAAACAACUCCCAAAAUACAUUUACAUUUUACAUCUUAGUCAUUUAGCAGACGCUCUUAUCCAGAGCAACUUACAGUUAGUGAGUGCAUACAUUUUUUCAUACCUCUCCGUAAGUCACCAUUUCCUUGAGCAAUUUACUCAGGAAAAAAAAGAUUGAGAAAAAAACAAGCAAUCAAGUAUUGUUUUCAUGAAGGUACAUUGACUUGCAACUUCCACCUGUAUCAUAUAUGAUGCAUGAUCCCCUGCUCUGUGAUGUUGUAGACCAUGUUGUGAUUGUACUAAAUGCACAUUAUCAGACAGCCUUGAUGUUAUCCAUGUGCCUCCCUGUCCAUCAACAACAUAGGUCAUUAUAUCUGUGCAGAUAGUGACUUGCAACAUUCACACAUAGAUGUGGAUGUGAGAGGGCUUUUCAGCAUCUCCCAUCUCUCUCCAGGUAUGGCCACCUGCCCCAGCUGCGUAGUCAUGACGACCCCCGGGACUGGCUGCGUUCCCACUCUGCGGGAGGUCUUCAGGAGUCUGCCGGCAGCUCACCCUUCUCCCCCGCUUCUAGCCUCACCUCGCCCUCCGGAGCCCGCUUCAACUUCUCCCAGCUUGGUAGGUGUAGCCUCAUCCAUCUGUACUCAUCACUAUGAUAAGCAUUGUAGGAGCAGUGAUAGUCAUCUCUGCACCCAUAACUAAAUAUUGUGUGCAUGCUGGCUUAAUGUUUCAUCUCUUUCAAGAGACUACAGUGAUAUUAGUGGUGAUGUAAGGAAAGGUAGUAGUGAUUAUAUAUAUUAUGUUGUAUUUCACUCUUACUUUCCACUGAGUGAAGAGUGACAGACAGAAGACAAACAUAUCUGAUCAAUGCCCUCUGUCCAUGUCUGUUUUUAAGAUAACCUUUGACCUGUGUUAUGUAACGGAUGUGUCCCAGCAGGCAGCCCUACCACAGCUGCCCAGAUCAACCUGGCGAACCUCCGCAGCGGCCUGGCCAAUCAGGAAGGGCCGUACGACCCGUACAGUGACCGCCUGAGGAACUCGUCCAUGUCUCUGGAGGAGAAGAGUCGCACCAUGAGCAGCUCUGGGUCCUUCAGAGAAGGACUAGAGGAGGGUAAGACAGACUGA